UUCAAACCGCACCGCACAUUAUAAAAAUACCAAUUUUUAUAUUUAUUUAGGUCUAAUAUGUAAAUGUUCAACUCAAAGCCCAGUAUUAUUGUAUUGUUAAAACUUAAAUUUUUUUUUCAUAUUUAUUUUCAAGCCUUAUGGUAUUUUUGACAAGUGUUGCUCAAAUUUUGUUGUAUUUGUGAUAGUUUAAUUAUUUUGUGAUAGUCUAAACCGCAAAAAUCACACCGCACCUCACCAUUUUCUGCGGUGCGGUUUGUGCAGUUUUUAGUUUUGCGGUGCGGGUGCAGUUUGAGAAAUUAAAAAAAUUGCAUAUGCGGGUUAGUUUGAAAAAAUGGUUAAAAACCACACCAGCCGCACCGCGAAACACCCCUAAUUGACAUUUACUUUUUCGGACAAAAUGGCAAUUCACAAAAACGACGCCGUUUGGUUGUAGUGAAGUGGAGAGUGGAGACGAAGAGGUGUUUGGGUGGGAGACCCAGCUGCGUAUUUCAGAGGUUAUUUUCACUUAUGGCGACCAAACCCCACCGGCUCCAUCACAUUGCAGGGACGAUGAGCACACCCAAGAGGGCGAGGGCCAUGACCACCGAGUCUUCAACCAUGGCGGAUGCAUUCACCAGAUAUACGGACUACCUCAAUCAGCUUAAUGAGAAACGGGAGAGAGUGGUAAAAGCAAGUCGUGAUAUCACCAUGAACAGCAAAAAAGUCAUUUUUCAGGUGCACAGACUUGGUAAAAACAACAAAGAGGAGGUUCUGGAAAAAGCAGAAAAGGAUUUAGUAGCUGUGGCAGAUCAGUAUAUUUCUCGGCUGAUAAAAGAAUUGCAAGGGAGCGACUUUUGGAAGCUAAGACGAGCAUACUCACCUGGGGUACAAGAAUAUAUUGAAGCUGCAACAUUCUGUAGGUUUUGUAGAAUGGGAACUCUUUUGCAUCUUGAUGAGAUCAAUGCUACUUUAUUGCCUCUUAGUGACCCCUCCUUGGAGCCUUUGCAAAUUAAUGUUCUCGACUAUCUUUUGGGGCUUGCUGAUUUGACUGGAGAGCUGAUGCGGUUGGCGAUUGGUCGGAUAUCAGAUGGUGAAAUUGAGUAUGCGCAGAAGAUAUGCAAGUUUGUUCGUGAUAUCUACAGGGAGCUGACCCUUGUUGUUCCAAGAAUGGAUGAUAGUCAUGAUAUGAAUACGAAGAUGGAUACAAUGCUUCAAAGUGUAAUAAAGAUUGAGAAUGCCUGCUUCAGUGUUCAUGUGAGAGGGUCGGAAUAUAUGCCACUACAUGGAUCCAAUGAUCCGAACUCGAUUUUAUUGGGGGUGCCAGACUUCGAAACUUGAAGUAAUAUCUUGUUCUUUUAUUCUCUCAUUUGUACUCGUUUAGUAUUAUGUAUACACAUGUCCUCACUACAUAUUUUUGCUUGCCCAGAGCGAGGAACUCACGUGGACUGCUUUCAUCUAAGUUCAUACAUUUGAGCACCUUCUCAGAUAGUUUUUAAUUUUACAAUUUACAUUUUCUUUUUGAACAAUGAUAAUUACUAUUAUAUUUUCUUAAAUUUUUUAAAAUUAUUUUUAUGUUUUUUAGUUUGAAUUAUGCAAUGCCACAUCAUUGCCCAAACAACCA